UCUGUCUGUCUGUCUGUCUGUCUGUCUCUCUCUGUCUCUCUCUCUCUCUCUCUCUCUCUCGCCCCUUUUGAAAGAAUUUAAAUGAUGACGUCACUACAUAUCUUUUCCCCCUGAAGUUACUAUGGCGGUUCUGAAGUUUUCAAACUUUUCUUGAUUUUGUAAGUUUCUUCUGAUGGAGCACCUCCAGGGAGCAUGGAAGAGCAUCAGCAAUGGGCUGGGGAUGAAGGAAUCUGUACUGGAGAGCCCUUGUGUCUCUCCCACCAGCGGACAGGACUUCCCAUAUCAGCGACGCACCUCAGAUGACUCCAAAAUUCCAGAUUCAAAGGCCAGCAGCACCAUCCGGGUUUACCUGCCUAACCAGCAGCGCACCGUGGUGAACGUCAGGACUGGUAUGACCCUCCGCAGUUGUCUAAUUAAAGCUCUGAAGGUUCGAGGACUCCAGCCUGAGUGCUGUGCUGUCUACAGACUCCACCCAGGACACCGGAGUAAAAAGUCUCGUAUGGACUGGAACACGGACUCGACUUCUCUCAUCGGAGAGGAGCUCCAGGUGGAGGUUCUAGAUCAUGUUCCUCUGACCACCCACAACUUUGUGAGGAAGACAUUUCUGAAGUUGGCCUACUGCGACAUGUGCCAGAAGUUCCUCCUGAAUGGCUUCCGCUGUCAGACCUGCGGAUAUAAAUUCCACGAGCACUGCAGCACCAAAGUUCCCAUCAUGUGUGUGGACUGGAGCAACAUCAGGCAACUUCUGUUAUUUCUGACUCCUGGUGAAAGCGGAGCUCCGUCUCUGCCUCCGAUUACAUCGAGGAGAAUGAGGGAGUCUAUGAGCCGAAUGUCCAGCAGCUCAGCACACAGACACUCGACUCCUCAAGCGUUUAACGACAGCACAGUGUAUCCUCCUGCAGGGGGAGCUCUCUCUCAGAGACAACGCUCCACCUCCACACCCAACGUACAUAUGGUCAGCACUGCACUGCCUGUGGACAGCAGCCUGAUCGAGGAUGCGAUGCGUCACGGACACGGUCACGGAUCAGCAGGAAGUUCCCCAAACCGGAGUCCAACUGGCUGGAACCAGUCCAAAACUCCACCCCCGGCUCAGAAAGAGAGGGCGUCGUCCUUUAGCUCUCAGGAGAAAAACAAAAUCCGUCCGAGGGAUAAGAGAGACUCCAGUUAUUACUGGGAGAUUGAAGCUAGCGAGGUCAUGUUGCACUCAAGAAUCGGCUCAGGGUCAUUUGGAACCGUUUACAAAGGGAAAUGGCACGGUGAUGUUGCAGUGAAGAUCUUAAAGGUCACUGAUCCCACACCGGAGCAGUUCCAGGCCUUUCGUAACGAAGUCGCAGUUCUGCGGAAAACCCGGCAUGUGAACAUCCUGCUGUUUAUGGGCUACAUGACCAAAGAUAACCUGGCCAUCGUGACGCAGUGGUGUGAGGGCAGCAGUCUGUACAAACACCUCCAUGUGCUGGAGACCAAGAUCCCGAUGGUCCAGCUGAUCGACAUAGCGAGACAGACGGCUCAGGGCAUGGACUAUCUGCAUGCAAAGAACAUCAUCCACCGAGACAUGAAGUCCAACAACAUUUUCCUGCAUGAAGGCCUGACGGUGAAGAUCGGGGAUUUCGGUUUAGCCACGGUGAAGACCAGGUGGAGCGGCUCUCAUCAGGUCGAACACCCUUCAGGAUCCGUGUUAUGGAUGGCUCCCGAAGUGAUCCGAAUGCAGGACAACAAUCCGUACAGUUUCCAGUCCGACGUUUAUUCCUACGGCAUCGUUCUGUACGAGCUGAUGACGGGAGAGCUUCCGUAUUCAGACAUCUCUAACAGAGAUCAGAUUAUUUUCAUGGUUGGUCGAGGUUAUCUGUCUCCAGAUCUCUUGAAGCUGUAUAAGAGCUGUCCCAAAGCUAUGAAGCGUCUGGUUGCCGACUGCAUUAAAAAAUCCAAAGAAGAGAGACCGCUGUUCCCUCAGAUACUUUCUUCCAUCGAGCUUCUGCAGCACGCUUUGCCCAAAAUCAACCGCAGUGCUUCAGAGCCGUCGCUGCACAGAGCCACUCACACCGAGGACAUCAACUCCUGCACUUUAACCUCCAUGAAGCUGCCUUUCUUCUAGUUCUGGAGCUUAUGGAAAGACACUGCUUCUUCAGACAUCUCUUCAUGCUCUCUUUCUCUCUCUGUCUCUCUCUCUCUCUCUCUUUCUCUCUCUCUCUCUCUCUCUCUCUCUCUCUCUGUCUCUCUCUCUCUGUCUCUCUCUCUCUCUCUCUCUGUGUGAAGAGACAAAGGACUCCAUGCACUCGAGCUUUAGAGACAAUGUAUUAUUUGAAGGUGAAGAUGCACACAAGCAAAUCAGAUGAAAUCUGGGUUGUGUUUAAAAUGUAGAUAUGUAAUUGUUACAGAACUCGGCGUCAACGUUUAUGUUUACUGGUAAAUUUGACAUUGCUGAAGGAGCUGCUGAUCAUCCUGCUGUUCAGCUAACCACAGACACGUCAUGGUUUUAUUUCUUAAACUACACACUGUUAUUUUAAGCUUUGCUUUGCUGCAGGAGCAGGAAAGGCACCUGUCACCGUGAGGAACCAUGAGGAACCGUGAGGAACGGAUGAUUUUAGUUACAAUCCAUCUGCACAUCUUUCACUGUCGCCGUGGCUUUUUACUGCACGUGGAGUUUUAUACACGAGAGCGUUUAAUGUUAACGUGCACGUCCUAGCAACAGAUCAGUGUUCAGAGUUUUACGUGUUGAUUAGAAGAGUAGGACUUGAUGUUUGUGAAAUGGUUUAAAUCAGCUGUGUAUUUGAUGAUUUUUAUUGCAGACUCAAGUCCAAAAUGUUUUAACAAUAAGGAUUAUUUUAAUAAAAUUUAAAUUAAUGUCCA